AUGUUACGUGUUCUAGUCUUGAGAUCUAAUAGGUUUUAUGGUUCCAUAGGUGAACCUAAAACCAAAUUUCCUUUUCCUGAUUUAAGGAUUAUUGAUUUAUCCCACAAUGAGUUUGACAGUGUUCUUCCAACAAAAUAUUUUGUCAACUUCAAAGCUAUGAUGAAUACAGAGAAUGUCCAAAUGAAGUACAUGGGAGAGUAUUAUUACCAAGACUCUAUAACAGUGACCAUGAAAGGAUAUGAGUCAGAGUUGGUGCAUAUCCAAACUAUCCUUGUAAGUCUUGAUUUCUCCUGCAACAAUUUUAUUGGAGAGAUUCCAAGGUUGCUUGAAAGGCUUAAGUCGCUCAAGGGCCUCAACAUUUCUCAUAAUAUGUUAAGAGGUGCCAUACCAUCAUUGCUGGGAAAGUUGACUAACCUUGAGUGGUUAGACCUCUCUGCUAACAAGCUGAGUGGGAAUAUUCCUUUGCAGUUGACCGAUUUAAUAUGGCUUGAAAUCUUAAACCUUUCAGAAAACCAACUCGUGGGACCAAUACUCAAUGGUAAGCAGUUCAAUACUUUUAGCAAUGAUUCAUUCAAAGGAAAUUUAGAUUUGUGUGGUUUUCCACUGUCCAAACCAUGCAAUGAGGAAAAUGAAGGAUCAACCAUGGAGCUAGAAAGUGAAUCGGAGGAUUCAAAUGGAUUUACUUGGAAAGUUGUGCUAUUGGGGUAUGGAUGUGGCUUUGUGUUUGGGAUCUUCAUAGGUUAUAAUAAUUUUUUCUCAAAUGGAAGAGCAAUUUUGUUUGUGAUGUGA